GAGAAACUCGACGUCUACCCGAGUCUCACGUUUUUGGUUGAGUUGCAAACGAAUCUCGAGAAUAGUGGCAAAUAUGAGCUCGACUUGAAUAGUCUGCCGCAGCUGCCGGCGCUUGACAACUAUGAGUUCACCUUUGGUUUCAUUGGUAUUAAUAUAACGGGAGAGCAAUGGAGUCAAACGUUAUGGUCGAAGCCUACGCCUUUGGGCUGGUAUAUGAGGCCGUAUUGGAUCAAAGAGUACGGCCAUAACUGGAGUGAGAGGUUUUGUCGCAAUUGGUUUAACAGGGAGUCUGAGUUGGACCGGUUCGCCAUCACAGUGUUCCGGUGCCCGUGCACUAUGACCCAAUCGGAAAGGGACCGGGGUCGAUUCGCACCCGACCUACAGUGCAACGUGAUUGACAAAAAGUGUGACACACUGCACCAUGGGGCACUACACUGUGUCCGCACUGCUCGACCCUCAAUCGGGGGUUCGGGUCAGACAUGUUGUUACGACGAUUACGGAGAGUUACUACAAACAGCAGACACUAUGUACGGGGGCCGACCCUCCCGUGCCUUUGUCUAUGGAAAACACCCGUUUAAACAGCGAGUUAUGGUGCCGACCCUAUCCUACUGGUUGUACGACAUAAUGCCAUUCUUCUAUUGCUGCAAAUGGGCGCCGGGACAGGAGAACAGUAAGACCUGCCAAAUGAUGAACUAUUGGCGCACAUCUCAAGACUGCUCCUCAUACCAGACACCCGGCGUCGCCACCGUCUAUGGGGACCCCCAUAUUUUGACAUUCGACCGGUACAACUACACAUUCAAUGGUAAGGGCGAGUUUGUGUUGGUUCACACGGACAACCCGGUGCACAAACUGGACAUACAUGGCCGGUUCGAGCAAAUGCCGAACUUGAACGGCACCCACCUAACAGCGGUGGCCAUACGCGACAAUAUAUCAUCGAUAGUGGAGUUCCGGUUGAGACCGGUGGCCGCCCGGUGGGAUUUCCAGCUCUACCUGUUCGGUGAUAAGGAG